AUGUUCUGCUCGCCUCAAGCUGCGAAGAGAGCCCCGGGCUCGAAGUGGGGAUAUGGGUGGCGUUCAUCCGACACGUUCAUUCUCAGCAGCAUGUCUAUGGCAUUGUUUACGGAUGAGAUGCUCUUCGCCUUCAUGGUUCCACUGCUUCCUCACAUAUUCGAAACCCGUCUCGGACUAGACACCACACUUACCCAACGAUAUACCUCUAUAUUUCUCGUCGAGGGAGCUCUGAUAUCAAUUAUCUCAAGUCCCUUGGUCGGAAAUAUAGCCGACCGAGCCAGCUCCAAGAAGGCACUACUGCUGGUAUUGCUCAUAUUGACACUAGUCAGCGUGCUAUGUCUGUCAAUCACAGCAUCUCUGACAUGGCUGUUCAUCGGCCGAUUCUUUCAAUGUAUCGUGAGUAACGCACUAUAUAUUGUGGGCAUUGCGGCCAUGGCGGAAAACAUUGGAUCUGAACACAUGGGCAAAAUAGCCGGACUCAGCUCGACUCUGACUUCAGCUGGGACAUGUUCCGGCCCUGUGAUUGCCGGGUUCUUAUUUGGUCUUGGUGGCUAUUGGACAGCAUGGGCUGGCGCCACUCUUUUCCUCAUUGUGGAUAUCAUCAUGCGCCUAUUGAUGAUCGAGAAGCCGAAUCGUCAACGAGCUGAGACGACAAAUACUGAAUCGCUUUGUGCAGAAGAACGAGUUUGCUCGGAGCAAGAGCCGCUUUUGAAUGGGUCGCAGCAUUCCGUCGAAGAAAUUGGAGACUGGCGAUUCUAUAUAUACCUCUUCCGCCAACCUCGAUUUACAGCUGGAACCGUCUGCUACUUUGUUUUCGCUCUCUUUAUCGCGAGUUUUGAGUCCACGCUUGCGACACAUGUCCGACAUACUUUUGGCUGGGGAGUGUUCCCAGUUGGACUUCUGUUUGCAUCCAUCCAGGGACCGGGUAUGGUUUUGUCACCUUUAGUAGGUUGGCUGAAAGAUCGGGUUGGGUCUUGCGUCCCGACGACAAUUGGGUUUAUCACAAUUGCGCCUUUCCUGUGGCUGCUUGGGGUGGCGGGUGAUGUGCGAUUUCCUUGGGCUACAACAGGCAGCAGGGGAGAGAUUAUCUAUGUCACUUGUACUACCACGAUUGGGUGUCUUGUAUGUUUGCUCAACGGGGCUGGGAUGAUGGAGGCUACAGAAACCGUCGAUGAGCUGGAAGCCCAAAACCCCGGGAUAUUUGGCCCCUAUGGAGGGUAUUCACGUGCCGUUGCUAUCACAAAUAUGAGCUGGAUGUCUGGACUACUGGUUGGGCCAAUAUUGACCGGUCUCAUGGUGGAAAAGUUGGGGUAUUUCGAGCUGCAAUGCGUUCUUGCCGCAAUCUCUUUAUUAGCUAGCAUCAACUCUGGACUCAACCUCAGUUCACCGCACCACAAGAACGACGAAUGUCGUUCUGAUGUGAGCUCCAUAUCAUGA